UGGCGCAUGCACUGCUGGGUACACAAACUGCUCCCAAUACCGCCUGGUGUGGCAAUGACUAAGGGCUGGGGGUGCUCAGGGAGAAAUAUUAGGGCCUAUCCUGCCUCCCAGCUCCUGGUCCUGCCGUGGAGUGGAGCAGAUGGAUCUCGGGAUUGGGAGCCACUGUAAUUCCUAUUUUGAAUUCUGCAGAGUCUAGAAACUAGAAUUUUUCAUUGGGCCUCAGUUUCCUUAUCUGUAAAAUCAAGGGCGUGGGCUCUAGUUGAAGGCCUUCUUUUCGCUCAAUGAUUCUAAAUUCUUUUCCUUGGGUCUGUAGAGAUGGGGUGGCAGCCACUGACCAGGGCGUUGACAGGCCUGUGUUUCAAGUAUGUAGCCCCAGCCUCCCCCAAGCCGGGAACUGGAGCGGGGGACGGGGAGGCGGAGCUGCCUCCCCGUCCCCGAAGGCGGCCUAGAGGCGAGUGGAGCAAGCUGAGCUUAAAACCAGGGACGGCCACCCCCCUUUCCUACUCCCCGCCCCCCUGCCAUUGGUUCUAGGGUGAAGUUGACAUCAAAGCCGAGGCCUUAUAUAAGCCAGACCCUGGAAGGGAGGCCGCAGAAGGGUUAAACAGGUCUCUUUGCAUUGGCGUCCUCGCCAGCGACAGAAACAAGCUAGAAGGCAGCGGGGCUGCGCGUCUCGUCUUCAGCGUUGCCGCGGACUCUCUUAAAGCCGGCGCCCACCACAGCGCCGCCCCAGAGCCCACGGGUGGCCCCGGCAGUCUCUGGGGCGCAUGGGGCGGUGCUAAUCGAGCUGGCGGCUUAGGCCAGGGGCCGCUCCAACAUGAACCUCGUGGGCAGCUACGCACACCAUCACCACCAUCACCACCAUCACCACCCGCACCCCACGCACCCCAUGCUCCACGAGCCCUUCCUCUUCGGCCCGGCCUCACGCUGUCACCAGGAGCGGCCCUACUUCCAGAGCUGGCUGCUGAGCCCCGCUGACGCUGCCCCGGACUUCCCCACCGGCGGGCCACCGCCCACAGCCGCGGCGGCCGCCGCCGCGUACAAUCCGGACGCCAGGCCAGGCCAGAGCCCCGGGCGGCUGGAGACGCUCGGCGGCCGCCUGGGCCGGCGGAAAGGCUCAGGACCCAAGAAGGAGCGGAGGCGCACGGAGAGCAUUAACAGUGCGUUCGCCGAGCUGCGCGAGUGCAUCCCCAACGUGCCUGCAGACACCAAGCUCUCCAAGAUCAAGACUCUGCGCCUAGCUACCAGCUACAUCGCUUACCUGAUGGACGUGCUGGCCAAGGACGCGCAGGCCGGCGACCCUGAAGCCUUCAAGGCCGAACUCAAGAAGGCGGAUGGCGGCCGCGAAAGCAAACGGAAAAGGGAGCUGCAGCACGAAGGCUUCCCUCCCGCCCUGGGCCCCGGCGAGAAGAGGAUUAAGGGGCGCACAGGCUGGCCGCAGCAAGUCUGGGCGCUGGAGCUAAACCAGUGAGCCGCGGCCGCGCCGAGGACCCCGCAGCGGCUGCGCGAGCCCCGAGCCCCAGGAGCCUAGGAAGGCGGUGGGUGCCGGGCUCCGUGCUCCGGGGGCGUCUAGGGCCUCACCCCGCCGCGCCUCUGCUGCGCGCUGGCAGGUCGCUGGCUGCAUCAACACACUUGGAUCGCACGUGCAAUGUCAUUUGAAAUCGUUUCUAAUACAUUAAGAGAAAGAGAAAUAUAUAUAUAUAUCCAACCCCCGCAACCAAGACGGCAGCUCUUGACUGCACGUUGCGGGAGGGAGGGACUGCGGGACCCAAGCGCGCUAAAACGCACCCUUCCGACCCAUCCGGGCAAAUUCAGAACCCCCAACGCCUUCCCCGCUGUGCUCUCUGGCUCUCUUCUUCGAUCCCCUCUCCGCUUCGUGUCAAAACCCUCGAGGGCUCUUUCCCCUAAUUAAAAUGCAAUAAGAGGAAUCAAUAGUUUUCUGCCAGGGAAAGAGAAGCAAACCAGGAAGACGGAAGGUUGUCUUUUUUGUUCUCCUUCAAGCAGUGGUGUUUUUAUUUUAUUUUAUUUUAUUUGUUGUCGCUGCACUUCUUAAUUAGUUCCAAGGAAAAUGCUUCCUUCUUUCCUCUGUCUCUUUCUCUCCCUUCCUUUUCUUCCUUUCUUCCGUCCUUCUUUGUUCCGUUCUCACUUCUCUUUCUCCUUGCUUCAUUUUUUCCCUCUUUGUAAAUAAAAACUUUUCCCUGUGUUGAAAAGUUUUUACGUAUUUAGACUACCUACCAUGCCUGCUGUGCUCAGGUAUUUGUUUUUUCCUCCAUCCCUACCCUUUUUCUACCUCAAAUCUAUAUGACCACUCACUGCCCCCUCCCUUUGCCAAAGCAGUAUCUAUGCUCUUGACUAAUAAAAGAGUUUCUGAAA